AUGGCUGGUCCUAGGAUUCCUCAUCCUACUCUUAAAGGCCCGAAUGUGGUGAAGGAGAUUGCUAUCGGAGUUGUUCUUGGGCUUGCUGCCGGCUCCGUAUGGAAAAUGCACCAGUUGAGCGAGCAGCGCAGAGUUCGAGCAUUCUAUGAUAUGCUGAACAAAGGCGAAAUUACCGUGGUUGCCCAAGAAGAAUAA